AUGGAUGCUCUUAAAAACCUGUCAACACUUCAUGAUUUCUAUGCUAAGCUUGAAGUGGCCAAAGAUGAAGAAGUUGACACCCACCACAUCCUUCUUGAACCAAAGGGCGGCUCCCAACUCAUACAAAUUGCCAGUCCAGGCUACAAUGACAUACUGGAAAUGGACCCUGAUGCCAAUGCCAAUGCAGGAAUCAGCGCAUAUAGGAACCAGGCCGACAUUAUAAGUACCCAAUGUAGUAUUAUACUCGGCUAUAAGUGGAGGUAUCAUGACACUCAGACACAUGCUAGGAAGGAGGGAGAACAACCUGCACUCCAUUUUCGGUACUGGUGUGCACAGGAUCGUCAAUUGCUACAAAAGUCCCGGAAAAUCAAUGACUCAUCAAAGCAAUGGGACCGACAAACAAUAGCCUACUUUGAAUGCAAAAGCCACCUACACAUCACCAUUCAACCGAUUCAAGGGAUCCUCACUGCUAAAAUUGACAUAAUGCAUAUUGAUGAUCACAUCCCUUACUGUGCAACCCACUUGCCACCAGAAGCCCGGGAUAUCAUCGAGAAAAAUAAAGAUAAAUCAUUAAAAGAUGUCUGGCACCUCACACGUCAGAAAUCCCCUACCACCCCUUUCAGCCAUGAUUCUAAACUUGAUCCAGACCCGAUAAUAUCUUCAAGAGCUCACCUUAUGAAUGCUGAAGCAGCUGCAGAUGGGACACUGCAAAUGAUUGACCUGGGCGAGAACAGUGAUUAUGAGUGCAUUGCAUUCUCAAUUCCGGCAGUGUUGGAAUUAUGGGGGAAGAGGAUAAGAGAGUUAGUGAUGGACUCAACUUGGAAGUGUGCAACUGGAAAUUCCGCUUGGGUGGUGCUUCAUGAGGACCAAGUCAAAAGAAGUCAGAACCAGGAGUAA